GUCAUUGCAGCAAUCGUUCGGCUUUAAUAUUUAUGCUUUUAUUCAAACAAUAUCGAGUGGGAGCACGGGGUUGGCGGGGGAUGAGGGCGAGGGAGUAACAGGGAAUAAUAAAACGAGAAGUUGAAGAAAGAGAAUAUACAAUAUAGAGAAGUAAAAAAAAAACCUCCAACAAAACAACAGCAGGGGAAGGCGAGGAUGUGGAGGGUGGGGGGGGGCUGAUGGAAGAAGCAAAGGCACCCCUCCUCCUACCCCUUUCUACUCCCCUCUCCCUACUCCCCUCUUCAGCACAACCAUCAUUCCACUCCGUAAUGUGAAUGAUAAACUCGUUUCCUAUCAAUUCUUGUGAAAUUCAACGUAUCAAAUCAUUUCAACGACAGUUUCCCUCCCUCCCCGCUCAACAACCCGUCCACCGUGCCAUCUCUCUUUCCCCCCUCUGCACUCCGUCGCCACCCGUCGAACCUCGCUCUCACUCUCUCUCUCCCUCUGCCAUCAGGACACUCUUGAGAUUUAUGUUAUUUUUAAUGCUCUGUUUUCCUGUUUUAUGUAUCUUUGUUUUCAAGAAUUUAUGUCAGCUCUUCCACAAUCUCCCUCCCUCUCCCAUCUUCUCCAAACCAGCCCACCGCUCACCCUUUACCCGUUUGAUGCUCUCUCUCUCUCUCUCGCUCUCUCCUUGCUUGCUGCGCUUCGUUGCGUCUCGCUCGCACGCGUCGACCUUAUGCACAGCCAGUCCUGUCUUCUUGUGAGUGAGUGUGUGUGUGUGUUUUUUCUCUCUCUUUUCUUCUGUCUCUCUCUCUCUCUCUCUAUCGCUCUCUUUCCAUCUACAUCAUUCGUGCUUUAGAUCAUUGAUAGCACAGAAAUCAACGGCACAUACACAACAUCACAAUCGAACACACACACAGGGGUGAGGGGGAGAUCGCACGCAACAUUGCUAUACAGUAAGGCACACACACACACACCCGUUCAAGCAACUGGCUGGCCAAAUAUAGCGCACAAGGUGUACAUAGCUCCGCGGUGUCGAGGACAUCUCCAACGAUACCAAUCUGCUGUUCGCUCUGGCUGCGCGCGUGUGUGCGUGCGCCCGUUUACAAUAUGUGAGAGUGUGGUGCCGCUGCCUUCCGUUUGCAUUGCCCGUGCUUAAGCGAGUUCGAUUUCAACAGUACCAGCUUGUCGCACACAUACGAACACACCCGUCACCCGUCUUCUACCAACAUGCACACACACACACACACACAAGCAAACGAAGGGCAAAGCUUGGGGGAGGGGGGGGGGGAGUGCUGUGUAACAUAAUAUUUCCCACUGAAACGGGCGGCCCUACCUAUGUACCCGACCACGGCGUGUAUAGUUACACACCAAUACAUAAUUUAAUAACAGUCCACCCCUCUCCAACCCUCCCUCUUACAACUUCACCUCCUCUCCCCCUCCCAACCACUGUGAGAAAGAGAGCGCACAACUACUAGGCGAUGUGAAGUAAUCAUAAAUUCCUGAAAAAUUGAAUUAUUUGUUAUGUGUGCGAAAUAAUUCAAUCUGCUUUCUAAAAUGAAAAGCGAACUUCGGGAAUUAAACGGAGCAAAACCCGGAACACAGAAAAAGUGAGGGGGAGGGGAGCACGUAGUUUGAAGUUUGAAGAAAGAAAUGAAAAAAAAAACCAUAACGGCCUGACAGAACAUACAUCCGGAUUUUAUUGGCGGGAUGUGUCGAAGGCUGAUUACAUCUAUCCGUACACCACCAAACAAAUGUUUGCCGAAACUAGUGCCUAAAGAUGCCCGGAUUGGUUCCUGGGGGGGGGGGGGAGUAUCACCGAUCUGGUGAAUCCAGGAGGUUCAGGAAAGGCCAGAAUCGAACCAGAACGCUGCAUAAAGAUCUCGCUCCAGAUCGGUCACUUUAAACGGCAGCUUUAAGCUAGUCCGGGCUAGCUUUAAGACCGGGACUUUCGGAGAUGGUGCAGCGACGACGACGACUACGACGACGGCAUCACGUUCGUUUUGGUUAAUUAGAUUACUUCAGGAUUUCAAACCUCCGGAUGGAGUAUCUCUUUCCCGUGUCUUAAAGACACAUCCCAUUCCUCGAGUUUGAGUUUCCCGAGUCGUUCCACAUUUAAUAGAAGAGAGAAGAUUUCUGAUGUAUCUAUUUUUUUUGAUUAAUGAUGUUAGGAAUAUUCCAACUAGAAUGUCUUGAGGUCGGGUUAGUCCACGCAAAAUACUAUUGCAUACAGCUACUGCUUUCCGCUAUGCUUUAUCCAAUUGUCACGGUAUUGUGCACUUAAUAAGCAUGCUAACAAAGCACUCUCAAUUAAACGACCGUGCGCGCGCGGAGGUUUUAUGGGACCUUGCUGUAGUCAUCCGUCUGCGUUUGCAGGUUCGACAUUUGACAGUCGUAUUCUAGUCAUAUUCUAGCUAUAGUUGCGUGAUAGCCUAGAUAUGCGAGCUCAUUCGUUUUACAACCGUACGCAUCCGGCACUCCUGACAUCAGCAAAUCCUGAAGCCGUUCUGAAGACUUUCAACCGAGAUCGGGUUGUUUGUGCAGGUUUUUAUUUGUUAUGAUUGUAAAAAAAUCUACAUCAAAAUCUACAAUAGAUGCAGGAAAAAAAAACAAGACCACUUUCGCUUCCAACUCAUCUACCACUAUCGAACGCGUGGUUUCGUCUUUUAUGAGUGGCUUUUGUUUUUUUUUUCUUCUGAAGUACAAUUUCACACAAUGCAGCGGUGUAGUACGUGCGCAACCCCUUCGAGUUUAUUGUAUUUAUUAAAAUUAGAUCAACAAAGUCAUUUCCGGCUUCUGUGCGGCAUCACUCAUCGCACUCGCACGCGGGUACUUUAUUUAUAUAGCGCCAUUGCCGCGACCAAAAACAAUCCCAUACCCGCACAACAACGGCGGCGGCGAGAUCCACAACAAUCGAAGUUCAAUUUCCCGUUUGGGUUCGGGAAAUCCGGAAGCGAGCUCCGGGGGAAAACAAUUUCAACGCGACGCGAGCAGUUCCGUUUUCCGCCUGGAAGGAUGCCAUUUGCCAACGGUUGGUUAAAAAUAGUGGCUAGUUAGUAGGCGCUAUCAGGCGCCCUCUGGCGGGGGAGACAUUCAUGGGCCAGGAUGUAUCCGACGGGAAGCAAUCGUACGGUAAUUUAAUGUAGAGAAAAGAAUUCUUGAUUAAUGUGCAAUAUGAUUAAUGGUUUUAAUUGCAGAGCUUCUUGGAAGUAGAUGCAGCAUUGUUUAUAACAUAAGCACUAUCUGAGGUUCCAAGUUUGAAAGUCUAGCCAUAAACUUAACGACUACUUUUUUAUGGAUUGUUCACAUUUCUGGGGCGCAACAGUUGGAAGAAAAGCCCCGGGGCACAUGCUUGAAAAUGUAGGAGAUGUACUUACAAUAUAAUUAACACUCUGUAACACACAUUCUUAGUAUACCUUUACUUACGAAUGUACUGGUACAAUAUACUGACCCUUCUAUUUGAAUUCCACGUGCAAUCUGAGUUCCAAAAUAAACAACCCAAAGCUUUAUAGCACCCCUGACACUUGCGCACUGGCAACGCGAGCGUGUCCAGAAAAUCGAUAUUUCAAAGCCAGCUGUACCUAGGCGCACAACAACACAGGGUUGUUUUGUGUAGUGCCCGCGGUAGAACGCGGUAUCGGCGCCAACAAGAAUGGCCGAAACCAUGGCCACCAGCACGGACGACACGAACGUGGAGUCGACGAGGACCCAGUGCGACUGUUCCCAGCAGCAGCUGAUCGAGGCCCGUGCCCAGCUGACGGCGCUCGAGCAGAGCAAUGAAACGCUGCAGAAAAAGCUGGACGGGUACCGGAAGGACAACGAGAAUCUGGUCAUCAAGUACGCGUUCGUGGAGAAGAAGGUGCUCGAUCUGAAGGCGCUGGUCGGCGACAAAGACUCGCAGCUCAAGCGGCACGAGCAGGAGGUGGCCAGCCUGCAGAAACAGAUCGGCACGCUGAAGGCGGACAAGGCGAAGCUGCAGAAGAACAUUGAGUCGAAGCAACGCGACGUGGAGCGGCUCGGCAAAGAGCUGGAGGGUAGCCGCCAUUACGCGGCCCAGAUCGAGAUGCGCUACAAGUACGGCAGCUGCCGGUUGCGCCGCGAGGCGGAGGAUCGAAUGAAACUUGAGGCGGAAGUGCUAACGUUGCGUCAACAGUUAUUGCAGCACGUGAUCGCGGAGGAGACGCACCAGGCGAGCGAACAGGUGGCGGAGAUGGAGCGCAAGGUGAUGGAGCUGCAGGCGCGCGAGAUCAUGCUGAAGCACGCGAACGACGAGCAGGCGGGCAGGAUCGGGACGCUCCAGCGGGCCAACCACGAGCUGCGGGACACGAUCGAGCGGCAGGAGAAGAAGCACACCAGCACGCUGCAGACGCUAAAGGAACUCGAAACGGAGCGAGAUCACCUGCGGCAGCAGAUGGGUCAGCUGCAGGAAAGCUUCCACCAGCAGCAGGCCGCGAUUGCGGAGCUCCAGUCGAAGGUGGAGGCCGCCAGUGUCGCCGCCCAGGAGUCGUCCCGCAUGGAGCGGGCCGUCGCCGAGCAGCGGGCCGAGCUGGAGCAGCUCGCCGGCACGCUGGACGAGCAGCGCAAGGACCUGGAGGUGCUGGCGGCCCGCGAGCUCGAGCUGCUGGCCCUGAACAAAGAUCUCAGCGAGGUGAACUGCCUGCUGCAGCAGGAAAUAGCGACCCAGGAGUCGAAAACGAUCGCGAUCACGCUCGAGUACGGCAAGUUCGUGAGCAUGUGCCAGGAGUACGACGCGCAGAUCGUCAGCCUGGCCAACUCGCUCGCCGCCGAGCGGCAGCACCGGACGGAGGAGCGGCUGCUGAUGGCGAAGCACAUCGCCGACCGGACGCGCAAGCUCGAGCAGGCGGAAAGCUGCCUGCAGCAGACGCUCAACGAGCUCGAGGCGAACCGCAAAAAGUACUUCGCGCUGGUGAAGGACUUUAAGCGCGAGAUGAAAAAUGCCCACUGUGGCGUAGAGUCGAGCAUGGUGGGACAGUAGUAGAGGUGCAACGGCUUGCUGUACCUUUGCGCUACCGUGUGAGCCGCUUUUAUUUACCGAA